AUGUGUUUGCCCAACAAGGCCAGGCAAGUGAAGAACUCAUCUGGCCGACGCCGACCACUGGCUCCUUCCGUUCCUCCUCCUCUCCUGCAUGCUUGCCUGCCCCGCCUGCGGCAGCUGCAGAGCCCCCGGCUCUGCUCCGCUCGCCAGCAACACCAACCUCCACUCCAGUCUCCACCAGCAAAGCGAGCUCCUUUUCACUCCCCCAGAUCUCUGAAUAAACAAUCGCGCAAGCAACCUCGCUCCACCACCGGCCUCCCGCAAGUUCGUUCUCAGGAGUCAGGUCCCGGCCCACGCAGCAAUCGACAGCGCAAGGCGGUUGCCCAGUCAGGCCCGGUUCUUGGCUGUUCUGGGUUCCUAUUUGGUGCCAGUUUCAGCCCCCCUCUCUGGCUCUGGGUUUGAUGAGGAGCAUUCACAUAGUUCUCUUCCCGUUUUGCACAGUCUGGGGUGGACGGCUUUAAGUGGAUUCGAAGGAAGAGACUGAGAUUUUGAGGGUCUUCGACCAAGGUUGUCAAUGGCGGCUGGGAUUUGGAUAUCUGUUUGGAGCUUCUUUAAGUUCCUGCCUUUCUUCUUUGCGCUUCUCCUCCUGGGAAUCAUCAAAGGUGCUUUGUUUGGCCCAUGGGCAUGGCUCAUCAUGACAAUUGGAAUUUCUGCACUCAUUCUGGGCUUGUGGCCUAUGCAUGUGAUUUGGACAUAUUACUGCAUCAUCAGAACCAAGAUGGUUGGACCCGUCGUAAAGCUGCUGCUCCUUAUUGCUGUAACUGUGAUUUUGGUUCUAUGGCUAAUAAUUGGCAUCAUGGGAAGCAUCCUCGCUGGUUUGGCUUACGGCUUUCUGGCGCCAGCAAUGGCUACGUUUGAUGCAGUUGGGGAAGGAAAAGAAAAGCCACUUCUUCACUGUUUUUUGGAUGGAACAUGGAGCACCAUCACAGGAAGCUGUACAGUAGUCAGGGACGUGAAAGACAUGUUGAUGCAUUCAUAUUUUUCAGUCAUGGAUGAAGUUCGUCUUCAUGCACCUCCAGAUGGCAAGCCAUAUGAAAUAAGAUUGCUUCACAUUCCUGGUGCAAUACUUGCUGCUGCUUGUGGACUUGUAGUGGAUGCAAUAAUGUUCACAUUAAUUGCCUUGUACAAGUUCCCUGUUAUGCUUUUCAAAGGAUGGAAGCGGUUGAUUGAAGAUCUUGUCGGCAGAGAAGGACCUUUUCUUGAGACAGCUUGUGUGCCGUUCGCUGGUCUUGCUAUUCUUCUCUGGCCAUUUGCAGUUAUAGGAGCUUUUCUAGCCUCCAUUAUCUGCAGUGUUCCUUUUGGCGCAUAUGCUGCUGUGGUGGUUUAUCAGGAAUCCUCACUUUUCUUGGGACUGUCUUAUGUAGUAUCAUCAGUAUCCAUCUUUGAUGAAUAUACAAAUGAUGUUCUUGACAUGGCACCGGGAUCUUGCUUUCCUAGGUUUAAAUAUCGGAAAGAUGAAGCUUCUUCGCAUGGUGGUUCACUCUCGAGGCCCACCUCAUUCAAGGACAAUCAUGAUGUAAAGAAAGCGCCGCAGCGUGUUACAUCAUUUAAAAGUAGCUUUGAUGAGUUCAAUCCAUUCAAGUUGCUAGAUCUCUUGUUCAUAGAGUGUAAGCACCAUGGCAAGGAUCUGGUCGCUGAAGGAGUGAUAACACCAAAAGAUAUAGAAGGAACAAAGGCUGGCAAAGUCAGCACUGGGGUACUUAAUGUUGGUUUACCGGCAUAUGUUAUUCUUAGGGCACUCCUUCGAUCUGCAAGAGCUAAUUCUGAUGGUUUGGUUCUAAGUGAUGGCUCCGAGAUAACAUCUGACAAUAGGCCUAAAAGUAAACUUUUCGAGUGGUUUUUCGACCCUCUGAUGGUCAUCAAAGAUCAAAUCAAAGCUGAGAACUUCACAGAAGAAGAGGAAGCAUACCUUGAGAAGCAAGUACUCUUGAUCAGCGAUCCAAAGCGUGUCAAGGAGAAUCUCAUUCGGCUGCCAUCGUUGAGCGAGCAAAAACAAGCAGAAAUAGAAGCAUUUGCUCGAAGAUUGCAAGGAAUCACAAAGUCAAUAUCAAGGUACCCUACAGCCAAACGGCGUUUCGAUGUCCUUGUGAAGGCACUCUCGGAGGAACUUGCUAGGACAAUGGGUGGCAGUCAGUCUGCCAAUGGAUCUCAAGUUCGGAAGGUGAGGAGCAGUAUUGUCCGAAUGCUUAGCCAGAGAUCACUAGGGAAAACAACAGGCAUCCGAGGCGAUGAUCAUGAGGCCCAGCUAACAAGUGAUGUUAACACUGAAUGAAGAUUAUUUCAACUAAAAUUUUUUUGGGAAUAGAAGUUUUCUCCUAUGCCCUUUCUGGGCAAUUUUUGCUAACUUUGUACAAAGAGCUGACGCUGCUGUAUGAAGGGUUGACCCCGAUAAUUCUCUUGGAUUAGCUGUUUUGGCUGGACAUACAAAUACAACGCAGUCCUACCCUGUAUUAGAAAGGAAAGACUCAUUCUCAGUUUACCAUCAAUAAGGUGUGCACGAUACAUUCA